AUGGGAGAAGCUAGCUUCUUGGUCAAUCCUAAUAACACUCUAGCUGAUCAAAAUGUUCUUAGGAACAAAAUGACAAUAGAUACAUUGAGUAGUAAAAUGGAAGCAUUGUCGAAAGAAUAUGGUCGAGCUCUGUCUCCAAAUGCAAAUGGAUUGAUCUUCAAGAUGCAUCUGUACAGUAGAUCCUGCAAUGACCAUUCAGUCUUCGCCUUUCCGAUAUGUCCUCUUUGCUUUUCAAGUCCCUGA